CUCCUGUUGACCAAACAAGGCUGUAUCGACUGUACAUACAACUCAAUCGUCUCUCAAUUCGCUCAGUAUGGCCUGUCGAAUAAAACACCUGGCUGCUGGAGCAAGAGGGUUGCUUUCUUCCAAGUCACUCCUCUCGCCCCGCCCGUAUAGCCUCCAAAAGAUGGCUCAUAGCACCAGUGCCGGCGGUGAUUGGAGUGCGUCCCAAUACUUGAAAUUCGAAGAUGAACGUACUCGACCCGCCCGGGACCUCCUUUCUCGAGUUGCUCUCCAGAACCCCAAAAACAUCGUGGAUCUGGGCUGUGGACCGGGUAAUUCCACAGCGAUCUUGCAGGAGCGCUACCCUGCCGCCCAAAUCGUGGGGAUCGAUUCAUCGCCCAACAUGAUCAAAAAAGCCAGAUCAACUCUACCUGAACGACAGUUCACAGUUCAAGGCUUACAGUCUUACUCGCCUUCGGAGACUGUCGAUCUUUUCUAUUCAAAUGCUCUCUUCCAAUGGAUUAAGGGUGACGAACGUUUCGAAAUCAUGAAAAGGUUGAUUAGAAGUCAAGAAUCGGGUGGGACUUUUGCUUUCCAGGUGCCGUAUAAUCUGUCUGAACCAUCCCAUGUCUUGAUGAGAGAGACGGCAAACAAGGGACCGUGGGCAAGCGCCUUGAGCGAUGUCGAUCGGGACGAGAUCCAAUCGCCGCAAGAGAUAUACGAUAAUCUCAAGCCUCUUUGCUCUGAUGUGCAGAUUUUCAAGACGGAUUAUUUCCACCCCCUUGCAGAUCAUCAAGCUGUGAUUGAAUGGGUCAAAGAUCAGGAGGCGUAUUUGGCAGUUUACUUGGAAUCCCUCGAGAAGGCGUAUCCUAAGUUCAGUAUGAACAGAAGGAUUCCCAAGGAUCUCAAAGAAUUACAAUCAAUGAAGGUGAUUUGGAACCAAACGGUCUUGAUAAUUUUCCUUGUCAAUGACAUUGCAUCAUUCAGGAAAGAGCUGCGAAGUGAUUGUCUUCAUAACUUCAUUCCUGUCGCCUAUAGCGCCAGCAGAAACCUACAGAGUGCCAUCCAUGACGCAGUAGAUCUGAUCCAGAAAUCUGUGAAAACAUUCGACAGGGCCGCAGAAGAUCUUCAGGCCAAUGCGAAGGCCCGUGGAUAUACCGAGGAUGACGUGGGCUGGUUUAUCCAGUUGUGCCGAUAUUAG